AUGCCAAAGAUUCUGUCAUUUUUCAGCUCGGAAAGUCCAAAAAUGAGAGGAUUGUCUAUGAAUUCGGUGAACAGUAUUCUAAUGAUUAACAACGAUCCAAUUAGUGCUGUGAUAGAUGACUUCUUACAACAGCUCUUCGGUCGGGCUCAUGAUCAGGAUCCGGAAGUCCAGAAACAACUUUGCCGAUCGCUCACCCUUUUGUUGGAUAGUCAUUUCGAGAAGUUAGCGCCUCAUCUACCCAAUGUUAUUGACUAUAUCAUUAUGAAAACUCAGGACCCGAACGAGAACAUUGCCGUCGAAGCUUGCGAGUUCUGGUUAUCUUUGGCUGAGAACUCCGACGUGUGCAAAGAGUUGCUGUCGCCUUUUCUUGGAAAACUUGUUCCAGUGCUUAUUAAAUGCAUGCGGUAUUCAGAAAGCGACAUCAUUGCGCUCAAGGGAAAUUGCGACGAGGAAGACGCCAUGAUACCUGAUCGAGAUGAAGACAUCAAGCCACGUUUCCAUAAAUCAAAAGUUGCUGCAGGACAACUCAAUGGUGAAGAUAAUGAUGACGAUGGGAGUGAUGAGACAUAUGCCGAAUGGAAUAUCCGACGGUGCUCCGCGGCUUCGCUAGAUGUACUGGCAUCAAUAUUCAAGCAGGAAUUGUUACCAAUACUUCUUCCGAUACUGAAGGAAGCGCUUUGCCAUCCAGAAUGGGAAGAUAAUGAUGACGAUGGGAGUGAUGAGACAUAUGCUGAAUGGAAUAUCCGACGGUGCUCCGCGGCUUCGCUGGAUGUACUGGCAUCAAUAUUCAAGCAGGAAUUGUUACCAAUACUUCUUCCGAUACUGAAGGAAGCGCUUUGCCAUCCAGAAUGGGAAGUGAAAGAAUCUGGAAUUCUUGCACUUGGAGCAGUUGCUGAAGGUUGUAUGAAUGGCAUCACUCCUCAUUUACAUGAACUCAUACCCUUCCUUCUGAAUAUGCUGGAUGAUAAGAAGCCACUUGUUCGAUCAAUCACGUGUUGGACUCUAUCACGGUAUUGCUCAUGGGUAGUGGAUGAGGCACGCCAGCAGUACUUUGAACCUACUCUCAAAGGUCUUCUCGUGCGAGUUCUCGAUGGCAACAAACGCGUUCAAGAAGCUGCAUGUAGUGCAUUUGCAACAGUGGAGGAGGAAGGUGGAGACUUCAUUGCACCUUAUCUUUCGGAUAUCCUGCAGACAUUAGUGCAGGCUUUUGGCAUUUAUCAGGCAAAGAAUUUACUGAUUUUGUACGAUGCUGUCGGUACUUUGGCAAAUUCUGUCGGUAAUGCUUUGAGUGAGCCCAUGUAUGUGCAAGUGCUUAUGCCCCCGCUUAUGGAAAAAUGGCAGAGGCUUGGAAACGAUGAUAAGGAGCUGUUUCCUCUCCUUGAAUGCGUAUCGUCAGUUGCAUCGGCCAUGGGUAUAGCCUUUUUACCGUACUGCGAACCAGUUUAUACAAGGUGCAUCACUCUAAUAACGCAGUCUUUACGUCAAUCUGUUGAAGCGCAGCAGCGACCCAAUGAAGUAGAAAUGCCGGACAAGGAUUAUCUCAUUGUUGCCUUGGACUUGCUGUCAGGACUGGCGGAAAGUUUGGGCGCUCAUAUUGAGCCGUUAGUUGGUCGCAAUGAAGUUCUGCAAUUGCUGUCGUUGUGUGCUGUGGAUCCAACGCCAGAAGUUCGACAGAGCAGCUUUGCAUUACUUGGCGAUUUAACAAAAGCUUGUUGGCAUCACAUUAAGCCGUACACGCAGACGUUCAUCCCCAUUUUGGCUAUGAAUUUCGACCCGUCGCACAUUUCUGUGUGCAACAAUGCCAUCUGGGCUUUUGGU